CGUGUCUAUUGUUCUUUCGGCUAGCUUCUAAGUCUGAAAGAUCAUGACAUUAUGCUUUGGUUGAAUCUCUUGCUUCUCCACGUUGGUUCUGUAUCGUUUAGCUAGGGAGCUGCCGUGCCGUGCAGUAUUAAAAUCGGGCUUGAAACUAUAGUAGAUUUCUGGAAUCUCUGUUUUGCCAAAUGCUUUGCCUAUUCCCGCUUGAAACUAUAAUUUUCUGCAUGAGUAGGUAAUGAAGGGUUUUCAUGAGAGGAAUGAUUAUCUGAAACGCCCUUCUAAAACUUCUAUUGACAGCUCACCUACCUCUGGAACUGGAUCAGAACCAGGUCCCAGCGACUCUAAGUUCUCAAAGACUUCUCUUUGGUCAAAUUUCUUUGCUUCUGCUUUCUCUGUCUUUGACACAAUUAGUGAGUCAUCCACGUCAUCAUCAUCAACUUUGGCUUGUGAAAAGAAGGCCUCAUUUUCUAAAACAAAUGGGUGGACAGCAGCUGUGAAGAGGGUUGUCUCCAGUGGCUCGAUGAGGAGAAUUCAUGAACGUGUUAUGGGGCCGAGCAAGAUUGGAAUGUCUAGCUCAACUAGUGACAUAUGGCUUCUAGGCCUGUCCUAUAAAAUUUCACAGGAGUCAUCUGCAGAUGUAGAUGCCACUAACGGAUUAGUUGCAUUCAAACAUGACUUUUCGUCACGAAUAUUGAUGACAUAUCGUAAAGGUUUUGAUGCUAUCGGCGAUACAAAAAUCACAAGUGAUGCCGGCUGGGGUUGCAUGCUUCGAAGUAGCCAGAUGCUUAUUGCACAGGCAUUGUUGUUUCAUAGAUUGGGGAGAUCUUGGCGAAAACCUUCACAAAAGCCAUUUGACCAAGCAUAUAUUGAGAUCUUGCAUCAGUUUGGUGAUUCUGAGGCCUCAGCAUUCUCCAUCCACAAUCUUAUUAAAGCUGGAAAGACUUAUGGACUUGCUGCUGGGUCAUGGGUAGGCCCAUAUGCCGUGUGUCGCUCAUGGGAAUCUCUUGUUCGCAGUAAGAGGGAGGAAAAUGACCUGGAACGCCUGGUACUUCCUAUGGCUGUUUAUGUUGUUUCUGGUGAUGAAGAUGGUGAGAGAGGAGGAGCUCCAGUUUUCUGUGUUGAAGAUGCUUCUAGACAUUGUUUUGAAUUUUCACGACACCAAGAUGACUGGACACCUAUUCUUUUACUUGUACCCUUGGUUCUUGGACUUGACAAAGUAAAUCCCAGGUAUAUUCCAUCACUGCAAGCAACGUUCACCUUUCCACAAUGCCUUGGCAUUUUGGGUGGGAAACCAGGUGCAUCGACGUACAUUGUUGGCAUUCAAGAAGAAACUGCUUUCUACCUUGAUCCACAUGAUGUUCAGCCGGUAGUUAAUCUUAGUCCGGACAAUCUGGAGGCAGAUACAUCAUCUUAUCACUGCGAUACCAUACGACACAUUCCUCUGGAUUCAAUUGAUCCGUCCCUGGCAAUUGGAUUUCUCUGCCGAGACAAAGAUGAUUUCGACGAUUUUUGUUCCCGGGCAUCCAAACUAGCAGAGGAAUCAAAUGGCGCCCCCUUGUUUACUGUUGCUCAAUCACGUGGUUCUUUAAAGCGAAUUCACCAAGGCAAUACAAUGGCCGAUGCGGGGGAGGUUGAAGCAGAUAAAUCCAUUGAUGGGGAGGAUGAAAACAGUAACGAGGAUGACUGGCAGAUCCUGUGAUGGAGGUUUCUAUAUCGUUGACCGGAUUAUUUAUGUAUACUGAUUACAACAUUUGUAGGUUAGUACUUUGGGUUACAAUGAUUCUUUCACUAAAUUUCAAAACUAUUUGCCAAGCUGUUAUUGAUUUGUAAGAUACGUGCAAUUACUGUUGAUUUCAUUU